CUCAAGUACCUCCAUUCUUCAACCGCAAGCACCUCUCUCCCCUUUGCAACAACCGCCGCUCCACUCCGUGCCCCGUCUUUACAAAAUGUCGAGUAUAGGCCUCGUCGAAGGCGUUUCAUCUCCCAUAACCUCACAUCGCCACCAUCGUCAUUGCCAUCACCGCCUUAAUCAGCAGAUAUCUACAUAGAAUCUACCUCCACCCACAAUCCCCCAUCCCCCGGCCCAGAGCUCGCAGCAUGCACCUCUCUGGGCUGGCUACCACACCUACAUCGGCGACGAAUGCACCACCAUCCAUCACCUGCAGCGCCAGCACGGGCCCGUCCUCAGCGUGGGCCCCAAACGACGUCGACAUCACCGACAGAGCCGCCAUCGGGCCCAUCUACAUCCACCGCGGCGGCUUCCCCAAGACAUCUGCGUACUCCAAAGUCGACAUCGAUUGCCUCUAUUUGCGAUGCGAUGCGCAACAGCGCAGAGCAGCCACAGCCCGGUUAAGUGUGCUCGACCUCGCUCGCGCCAUGGCUCGUGGCACGAGUACUGCGUAUCUCUUUAAUCACCGGUACGGCGCCAUCGCGGAGGUGCAGACAGGCUCAUCAUCAUCGGCGGUGUCCGCCUCGGCUUCUGUGGGCUUGUAUGUCGGCGUUGGGGCUUUCUUCAACCUCAAGCGGUUUCUAAUGGGUCCGAGCAACUGGGUGAUGGCGUUUGUCGAGUGGUUGUCGACGAUGACGACGACGACGAUGACAAGUGCGCGGAUCGAGGUCAAGGAUAUUUGCAGGCUUCGCCGGGACGGACUCGACCAGGAUGAACAUUGCAUUCAGAUUGUGGUAUCUGGCUCGACAAACCCGAGACAAAGAUUGCGUCCGUCUCCGCGACGCAGUCCAAACAACCAUCAAGAACAACAACGACGACCCAAUGACCUGCACAUACCUCCGCCUGUCCUGGGCGAACCCGAACCGCCUGCCGAGGGCGUGCAUUGUGCAGGCGUUGGCUAUGGCGGAGGUCAUUAUGGCGGUCUCCAGGGUCGUUGA